UGGAAAUUUUUACGGACUACAGUGUCCAGGAACAACUAGAUGCAAAACACAAGAAGUCCGAGAUAUUUGUUAAAAUACGGGGCUACCUUCUUAUAUGUGCAGCACGAUUCAAUUGUAUUCGCUUAGUUGCUUACUGGAUAAAUCUAUGAGGGCUGUGUGUCAAUGCACGCAAGACAACCCCAGAUAAAUCGCAAAAUAAGGACAAUCAUGAGCUCCGAUAUUCUGUGCAGUAGUGCUGUUCUUCAACACAAAAGACAACGCAUGAAACAGAAAAGCACAACACAGAAAGUAGCACGGUGAUAACGAAAGCGUGUUCAGGCCUGAAACUUUAAGUGCAAUGUGUGCGCUGAUCUGAGAGGCAGUCAUACUAAGCCACAGUGAGUACACCCACAGAGGCGAUCCUACUGGGCCUCUUGUUUUCGUAUUGAUCCACAGAAAUUAAAAGGACCUAAUGCAGUGGCACUUUAAAAACUGUAUAAUGCAUAAUAAGGACUGAAACAAAGGCCUGAGGAUAGACCCUCUGUAUGCAGCACAGUCUCACCUCAAGUAACUGAAAAUAUGUCAGCUACUUUAUACUCGUGCAUAAGAGAAAUAUGCAGGGCUGCCAAUUCUAACGUAUGUGACGUGACACACGCUCUCUGACUCUCGCACUCAUGCCAGAGAUCUUUCUUUUUAUUAUUUUUUUUACUUUUUUUUAAUUAUGCAUGCAAGAGAUCUUAAGACAAGUCUAUAUUAUUCCAUUAUGAACUUAAAAUUUGCGGCAUCAAAAGUGCUGUGGUAGUUUCAAACCAUACUGACUACAACUAAUGAAGCUACCCUGUGAGCUAAAAUGAUACUUUGUAAAGACCAACUAUCAUUUAUUUUAUGUUGCUAAAAUAAGAUUUCAAAUAUUCUUAAAAUAUCUGUUCCUGUAAACAACAGAACAAAGACAACAUCAACAAUGUUUUCCUUUUAACUGAUAAGAAAUACACAGAAAAUGCAUCAGUGGACAAACACACAUCGUAAAGAUUAUAACCUCUGACAGUAUGUACUGGCCCUCACUGUUUUCUGCAGUGUCUCUCCCUCUCAGCUCUUCAUUUCACACUUUAUUUUUGUAUCUGCAGAAAAUAGCUGUGAGUCACAUGAAUGACACAGGAAACCAAGCAAACUGACUUAAAUUUCUUAAAUAUUCCCCCUGCUCUGGCAUGUUCGCCCCAUGUCGGUGUGGGGUUUCCUCUGGGUUCUCCUGUUUCACCCCACAGUCCAAAAACAUGCUGAGUGUCCACUCCCCCUUCACUCUGCCUGCUGUGUGUGAGAAUAGAAACGACAGAGACAGUGAAGGUACAGAGGAUGAGGAAGUGAGUGUCAGUCUCCACAGAUCUGGGCUCAGUGACACACACACGUAUGGAUCCUCUGAUGCUCCUGUUUCUUCUCAUUGCUGGGCUCACAGGUGCUGACAGUGUGUUCACAGUUGGAUGGGUGACUGUACAGAGAGGAGGAUCUGUCACCAUCCCAUGUUUCUGUGAUGACAGAUAUAAAACUCAUGUGAAAUACUGGUGCAGAGGGUUUAAUGUACUGGUGUGGUGUGAAGCAUAGUGGAGCCUCAGAUGUUGGAGAUCGGGUUAACCUGUCAGUCAUUGAUGGUCCUCCAGGGCUGUCAGUGGAGAAACAGGAGGUGACGGGUGUGGAUGGAGACAGUGUCAGUGUUCAGUGUUACUAUGGAAACAACAGAAGACAUAGGAUGUGGUGUAAGAUUGGGGGCUCCUGUGCAUCAGAGAGAUCAGUGAGUUUGGAUGGGAGGCCUGUCCUGAUCAGGGAUGACACAGUAAAUAAAGUCUUCAGUGUGACAAUGAGUGGGCUGGAGAGGAAGGACACUGGCUGGUAUUGGUGUGCUGCUGGAAUCCUGCAGAUCCCAGUUCAUAUUACUGUUAAACCUAACCCGCACGAUCACCUGCCUGCACCACCCCGAUCGUGACAGAAUGACAGACCGUAAGAAAAGGAGGAAGCAGAGGAGAAGGAAGCACCUGGAGGAGCCGAUCAGUCUGGGCGCCUGCUCCCUCGCCAACACCUGGCCUCUCGCGGAGGGCGAGAGAGAGGAGCUCGUCCUGGGCUCUGACCCAGAACCGCUCUAUCUGGGAGCCUACUCCCUAGCGAGGCUCUGGGCUCCCAGCGACGACGACGAGGAGGAUGAGCCCUUCACGUUCCCUGUGCUGGACCCUAUCCCCCCGGAGCAGCUACCGCCCCUGGACCGGUACAGUUACCGGCCCGAACGACUGGCAAAUUGGGGAGGUUUUAGGGCUGUAAGGGACUCGAUCCCCCGAGUGCCCCGGGUCCCGAAGAGGAUCGCACCCGUCUCCCCCUCCCAGGACUUGCCAGUUCUGCCUGCGCUGUCAGCGCAGCUCCCGCCUCUGCAACCUGCGCAGCCGGAGCAGCCAUCACCGCUGUCCGCUACGUCUGCGCAGCUUCCUCCACCUGCGGCUUGCCAGUCCGAGCAGCCGCCGCUGCCUGCGGACCCCACUCCCGUGCAGCUGCCGCUGCCUGCGGACCCCGAUCCCGUGCAGCCGCCACUGCCUGCGGAGACCACACCCACGCCCAAGGCGCCCUCUCUGCCGCUCCUACAGCCUGCAGCUCCCGGGCAGGCGCCCCCCCCUGCAGCAACCUGCAGCUCCCGGGCAGGCGCCCCUUCCACUGCCUGCCCUAGUGACUUUGCCCCCAGUGACUGCUCUGUCCUCGCCCCGUCAUCCUUGACCCCGAUCGAGGGCCGUUUUGUCUGUGUCCCGCAAGGGAAGGGGACACAGACGUCGGACUGGGGUCCCACCCGCCCUGCCCCCUGGCUCGCCCUCCCUCGCCUGCGCUAGGGCUCGGUUGGCACCUGCGGGUCCUGGCCCUCUGGGUCGGCUGUCGCCUGCGGGUCCCCCUCCGCGGCCUCGUCGCCCUGCCUCGCUCCCACCUCCGGUGCCUGGUCGGUCGCCUGCUAUGUCCCCUUUCCUGCUUUGUCUUUCUGCCUUCCCUGUCCUUUGUCAGCUCCUGUCUCGCGUCCUGUCUCUUGCCCUGUUUUGUGCAUCGGUCCUGUUUCCCGUCUCUCGUUGAUGGUUCUGUUUCUUUUGCUCCAGGUCCCGGUUCCCGUGUCCCGUCUGUCGCCUCCUCCCUGGCACGCCCGGUGAAGCGCGCCUUUGGGGGGGGUUCUGUCAUGACCUGCUCGUCGGCUCCUCAUGUGUGCCACGCCCCCUGCUUACCCACGUGUUCUUUCCCGAUCGUACCCAGCUGCCUGCCUGCACCACCCCGAUCGUGACAGAUACUUUACCCAACACCCGAGGCCUGCAGCGGGGCGUCCGGGCCUAUGCCAGAGCCCCAGAGCUGUGGUGCUAGAGAUCGACUUUUAUUUAAAUUAGAAAUAUAUUAUUUUAUACUAUUCACAAAUAAGACAGAUUAAUAAAUAGAGGUAAUGUGCUUUCUGCCAGGAUGGGACUGCUGGCUGUCUGCUUCUUACAUCCAGGACCAGCGGUUAAACGAGAUGUUACAGUCACUCUGCAGUCACCCUGCAACAAUUUGUCAACCGGUGGCCAUUUUGUUUCAUUGUUUGCUUCCUUCUCAUGGGCUUAUCGCUCACGACUCCAAAAGCUCUUGUGCUGACGCCCCGUUACCCACUGUCGCGGACAUUAGCUGACCGACAUGCCUAGACAUGCAAUACGCAUAAAUCCCCACCCCAAAACAGGAUGGCUGUGUUUUACCGAUAUAAAAUAGUACAUUUUGUUUAAAGCUACAAUAAAUAUAUUAUAAUAUUUUCAUAAAAUAAUUAAUCUCACCUGUUCACUAUCAGUGCCCUGGGAUAUUAACACUUUGGUCAUGACACUAAUUCAUUGUUCUGCAUCUAAUCAUUUUCUCUGUAGAAUAUCUUUCAUAAUUUAUAUUUCAGUUUCAAGAGUGACAUUUUCUUAGUCUUUAUUGACUAACAGAACACUGUUUUUAUUAACUAUCCUUUCUCCUGUUUCCACUGCUCUCCUUUUCUCU